UUUAAAAAUCAUGAAAAAUACACUAUUAAUGCUGGCCUUAGUGCCAGCAUUGACUAGUGCAUUUUUAUUUAAUCAUACUCAUCUAAAUGACCAACCUAAAUUUUUGACAAUCAACAAGGAUGGCCAACAUCAACAUCAGUCCCGAAAAACACCGGUUAAAGUUGAAAUAUAUUAUUCACCAUACAAUGAAAAGGCCAAUAAAUUUAUAGCCAGUCAAAAUAAGGACAGUGCUUUUAGCAUAUAUGAUCUGAUGCUACCCGGCGCGGGCGGGUCGACAGUACAACUGGAAGUCGAUUAUAUACCGUGGGGUGUGUCCACUAAAACUGAUCCACCAACAGUAACAUAUGAUUGUGGCAAAGAUGACAAUUGUUUGGCACAUAAACUUCAUGCCUGUUUGGUCAGACAUCAUGACACUACCAUUGAAAAUCAUCACGAAUUUCUGAUGGUAUUGUGUACCACUCAACAUCCGGACUGGCCUACCAAUCCUACCAGUGCUAUUACAAAGUGUGCCAUAAAAGUCAACGAUAUACCCGAUGGUGGCGAACAAUUGGUUACUUGUGCUAACGAUGCCGUCCAAAGUGCGGAAUAUUUGGAUGAAAUGAAAGCAAAAACUGAUUUAUUGAGUUCACCCAUCACUGAGGACAGCAUUCCUACUAUCUUAAUUGAUGGUGUAGCUAAUCCCGGAGCUGUCAAUAAUCUAAGGAAAGCCGUUUGCCAACAAUUUGGUCCGGACGCACCCAUAGCUUGUAGUAAUAUCAAAGUAGAAAUCUAUUAUUCACCGUAUAAUCAGAAAGCCAUUGAUUUUGUGUCCGCACAAAACAAGGACAGUCCAACCGGUAUCUACGAUCUGAUGCUACCCGGAGCUACCGGUAUAGGACCGGGACUGGAAGUCGAUUAUAUACCGUGGGGCGUAUCAACAGCUACAGGUGUCAGUCCUACAUUAGUCUUUGACUGUACCGAUGAUGCCAACUGUUUAGCACAUAAGCUACAUGCCUGUUUGUUACGACAUCACGACACUACCAUUAAUAAUCAUCACGAAUUUCUGAUGGUAUUGUGUACUACACAACACCCGGACUGGAAGUCCGAUCCUAAUCACGCCAUUACACAUUGUGCCGAGGAGGUCAACGAUAUACCCGAUGGUGGCGAACAAUUGGUUAUCUGUGCCAAAGAUGCAGCACUGAGUGGUCAAUAUUUAGAUGAAAUGCGUGUUAAAACAUUAGGAUUGAUCCCAAAAUUAGAGGAAAAAGACAUUCCUCUUAUACACGUUAAUGGCGAACCUAAUACCGGAGCUGUGGCUAACCUAAAAAAAGUUGUUUGCGAUCUAUUUGGUGCUAAAGGACCGGUAGCUUGUAGACCAAAAGUCAAAGUCGAAGUCUACUAUUCACCGUAUAAUCCGAAAGCCAUUGAUUUUAUUUUGGACCAAUCAUUGGCCAGUCCUAAGGGUAUCUACGAUCUGAUGAUACCGGCACGGGAUGGUUCAUCGAUGGGCGUCGAAGUUGAUUAUAUACCGUGGGGUAUGUCUACUAGCAAUGGUGCCACACCGCCCGUAUAUAACUGCGGUACCGAUGAUGUCGGCUGUUUUGCCCAUAGACUACAUGCCUGUUUGGUCAGACAUCACGACACUACCAUUGAUAAUCAUCACGAAUUUCUGAUGGUAUUGUGUACAACACAACACCCAGAUUGGAAAACCAAACCUACCAAUGCUAUUACACAGUGUGCCCAAAAAGUCAACGAUAUACCCGGUGAUGGCGAAGAACUGGUUAUCUGUGCCAAAGAUAACAAAAAGAGUGGUGAAUAUUUGGAUGAAAUGCGAGUUAAAACACAAGAACUAAAACCAGCGAUAACUGAUACGGACAUUCCUCUUAUAUACGUCGAUGGCGAACGAAAUACGGAAGCGGCAGAUAAUUUAAGGGCAGUUGUAUGCAAUAAAUUUGGUGUAUUACAACCGUUACAAUGUAAAUCUGGAUUUCAAGUAAAUGUCGAAGUCUACUAUUCACCGGACAAUCAAGAAGCCAUCAAAUUUAUUGCUAAACAUCAAAAAUCAGAAAAAGAUAGCAUCUGGGAUAUUAUGCAUCCCGGUGCUCAUGCACCAGUUAAAAUUGAUUUUAUACCAUGGGGUGUGUCUACCCGUACGGAAUCUACACAACCGGAUACAGCUAAUACGUAUACAUGCGAUCCGGAUGCUAAUUGUCUAAAACAUCGACUUCAUGCCUGUAUUGAACGACAUCAUACAAUUGGCCUGGAAAAUCAUCAUGAAUUCUAUAUGAUAGUUUGUACAACUAAUCACGGGGAUUGGUCAACUGAUCCGGGUAAAGCUACCAAUCAAUGCGCUGAUCAGGUUAACGAUAUACCCGAGGAUGGGCCAGCACUGGUAGUUUGCGGACAUACACCCGUACAGAGCGACCAAUAUUUAGAUGAAAUGUAUGAUCUAACUAAACAGGCUGUACCUCAAUUGACAGCUGCUGAAAUACCGGUAGUUUUGGUUAACGGUGUAGGAAACACCGAUGCUUUGGAUAAAUUGCGAUCAGUAGUCUGUUCAACACUUGGUUCAAAUGCACCACCAGUUUGCAAACCGCUAGAAGUUUUCGUAUACUAUUCACCCUAUGAUAAAGAUUCAAUACGAUUAUUAAGUGAACAAGCUGAAAAUUUACAUAAAGGUAUCUACGAUCUAAUAGUACAAUCGGAACUGGUACAAGUGGAUAUUGAUUUUAUACCAUGGGGAUUGUCUACUAAAACCGACAGUGCCCUAUACGAUAGUAGGGCUGCAAAAUACGAGUGCACUAAUGAACAUAAUAUACAUUAUGUUGGAUGUCUGGUCACACGAUUGCAUGCAUGUAUACGACAUCAUUACACUAAUAAACAACAAUUGUAUCAAAUGAUUGUCUGUACGACAUCUGAUGGCGAUUGGGAAAAGAAUCCGGAGGGUGUAGUCAUGAAAUGUGGCAACAAUUUACCCGAUAAACCGUUUGACGGCAAGAAAAUAACCGACUGCGCCGAGUCGGCUGCCGAUAGUGAUCCACUAUUGGAUGAAGUAAAAGCAUUGACCGACAAAUUGAAUCCAAAAUUGACAAAAACCCCUUAUAUAACAAUUGAUGGAAUAUUGGAUGAAAAUGGCGGCAAAAAUUUAAGAGAUACUGUUUGCGAGUCAUUUAAUGAAAAUUAUAUACCAGACGAAUGUAAGGUAACUCCCGGUGCUGUUGUCGUUGAAGUUUACUAUUCGCCUAACGAUCCCAAAGCUGUCGACUUUAUCAUUCGUCAACGUGAGGACAGUCAGAAAGGUAUCUACGAUCUGAUGCAACCCUCGGAUGAUGUUCCCGUUGAAGUCGAUUUUAUACCAUGGGGUGUAUCAGUGAAACAUCCUAAUGGUAGCUACGGGUGCCAGGAUGACCCUGAUUGUACACUACAUAGAAUACAUGCCUGUAUUGAACGACAUACCGGUGCCGGGUUUCUAAAUCAUCAUGAAUUCAAUAUGAUUGUCUGUACUGUCUUCCAUGAUAACUGGGCAACCGAUCCGACUAAGGCUACCAUCGAGUGCGGCAAUGAACUCACAGAUGGUCUACCAGAUUCAGGUGUCACGAUUGUCGAGUGUGCCACACAUACGGAUGAAAGUAACAUAUAUUUGGAUCAUAUGUUGGAAAAGACUAGUCAAUUGAGUCCGAUAUUAACAAACAAAGAUAUCCCAUUAAUUGUAAUCAAUGGUGAUCGGGGCGACGAUGCCACCCAGGAGUCACGUCGGGACAAUCUGAGGACAGCCGUUUGCGAUGCCUUCCCGGGUAACAAACCUGAUGGCUGUAAGCCUAUAGAUAUAACUGGAGUUAAAGUUGAGAUCUAUUAUUCGCCAUACAAUCCGGCAGCCAUUGAUCACAUCAAACAACAGAUUAAAGACAGUGAAUACGGUAUCUAUGAUCUGAUGCAUCCGGAUCUCGGUUUGAAUCUGGAAGUGGAUUAUAUACCCUGGGGUUUGUCAACUGCUGAGACUACUGGCGAUGGAGAUAAUAAAAAAGUUGUCUAUAAAUGUAAUGGAGAAAAGGACUGUUUGGCCACCAGAUUGCAUGCAUGUAUACAACGUCAUCACGAGGACAGUAUUGAAAAUCAUCAUGAAUUCUAUAUGAUUGUCUGUACGACUACCCAUGAAAAAUGGCGAACCGAUCCCACUGUGGCAGCCGCACAGUGCGGUGAACGGGUUGAUGAUAUACCCGAAGAUGGCACACAAAUUGUCAACUGUGCCACAACAACGACAAUAUCCGAUCCGUUUUUGGAUGAAAUGAAAAACAAGACACAACUAUGGCUACCAAAUCUCCGGGAAUCCGAUAUACCGGUAGUUAAAAUCAAUGGCAAAACUAAUGGUCUGGCCGGUCAAAACUUGAGGACAGCCGUAUGUCAUGCCUAUGGGGACGAUGCACCGGCAAUUUGUACAAAAUUACCGCCGGUCAGUGUCCGCGUAGAGGUCUACUAUUCGCCGUACAACGGACGGGCCAUCGAGUUUAUCAAUCGCCAGCGUUUGGACAGUUUGAAAGGUGUCUACGAUAUGAUGAUACCGCAGCCGGAAGGCGAACCCGAAAUAGAUUUGGAAAUAGAUUUUGUUCCGUGGGGUAUAUCUACCCGAUUACCCGGUAAUAAACCGCAGUAUACCUGUGCCGAUGAUGACUUGGGUUGUAUGGCUCAUAGACUUCAUGCCUGUAUUGAACGCCAUCAUUCAGCCGGUCUGGAAAAUCAUCACGAAUUUCUGAUGGUAUUGUGUACCACAACACACCCGGACUGGAAGUCCAAUCCUACCCACGCUGUCGAACAGUGUGCCCUCCAAGUGAACGACAUACCAGAAGAUGGUGUACUGUUGGUCGAGUGCGCCAAAGAUAUCCAACUAAGCAACCGAUAUCUGAACGAUAUGUUGGAAAAAACUGGUCAUCUGAGUCCACCCAUCAGUCAGGAGGACAUCCCUGUCAUACUGAUCAACAAUGAACGAAAUACUGGCGCUUUCGAUAACCUAAGGUCAGCCGUUUGUACGGCAUUUGGUACAAACGCACCGGCAGCCUGUAAAAUAACAUUGAAUAAUGUUAAGGUAGAAAUACUAUAUUCACCGUAUAAUACCCGGGCAUUGGAUUUCCUGAAACAACAACAAAAAUCAAGCUCAGUUAGCAUAUGGGACCUAAUGGAUCCUGAUUUACUAUUACCCAUUGAAAUCGAUUAUAUACCGUGGGGUGUGUCCGUAAAAACUGGUUCAGAUUACACGUGCAGUGAUAACGAUAAAGAUUGUUUAGCUCAUAGAAUACAUGCCUGUAUUGAACAUCACCAUGAUAGUUCACUGGAAAACCAUCAGGAGUUUCGUAUGAUUGUCUGUACGGCCAAUCACGGGGAAUGGCUGACCAAUGCCACCCAUACGGUCAUGCAAUGCGCCAAUCAGGAAUCAGAUAUACCCGACACUGGUGUGGCAAUAGAUAUGUGUGUGAAAAACAGGGUAGAAAGUAAUAAACAUUUGGAUGAUAUGAAAAAUUUGACGGAAACAUUGGCACCUAAUCUGAAAGUUGAAGAUAUACCGGUAAUUAGGAUUAACAAUAGAGUCGAGGAAAUGGCUGUCAGGGAUCUAAAGGGUGCCGUUUGUGAUGAGUUAGGCGACAACGCACCGGACCCUUGCAAAAGGGCUGCAACCGUACGCCUGGAGGUCUACUAUUCACCCUAUAAUCCAAAAGCCAUUGAAUUUAUUAAAAAACAACAAAAAGGCAAUAAUGAGGGUAUCUAUGAACUAAUUGAUCCAAAACACAAUCUACCCGUUGAAGUGGAUUUUAUACCGUGGGGUGUGUCCACCAAAACUACGGACAACAAAUACGAUUGUACCGAUACUGAUGAGGGAUGUCUGGCCCAUCGAUUACAUGCAUGUAUUGAACGACAUCACGACGCGGGUCUACUUAAUCAUCAGGAGUUCAAUAUGAUUGUCUGUACCACUAAUCACGAAGAUUGGACCACUAAUGCAACCAUAUCGGUAAUCCAGUGCGGAAACAUUGAUGGUUUACCGGUACCCGAUACCGGGUCACGUAUUGUCGAGUGUGCUACACAUGAACCGGAAAGUGAUCUCUAUUUGGAUGAAAUGAGAAUAUUGACCGAAAACUUAGAUCCCAGACUAACUGAAGGCGAUAUACCGCUAAUUAAAAUCAAUGGAAAUACUGUUAACAAUGAAAAUAAUUUACGAAAACUUGUUUGCGAUGCACUGCCAGAGGAUCUAAGACCAUCAGAUCUAUGUCCAAAACCGGUAAUUACAUCAACACCAACACCUGUCAAACCAACCACUGAGGGUGGCUCUAGUCUAAUGUCCAUUAGUAUGGCGUCACUGGUUUUUGCAGCACUAGUAUCGCUGGUUGUAUUAAAUUAUGAAUUUUUAUAGAAACCAUACCAUAGAUUAAUAUUAUUUUUUA